AAAUAUAUAAAACGGUGAACCGGUUGAAACAUAAUCAUUACACGUUUCCAUUAACUCACAGCACGUUCUGUAGUGUUCCUUAAAUCUUCAAAAUGUUCAAAUAUCGCGUUAAUUAUACAUGCCGUUCUUUCGUAUUGUUUCUAAUCAUUCAAAACUGUUACGAAAGUACAUUUGGCCAAACACAAACCAUUGUCUUUGCCCAAAUGACUAUGCAGACACAGCCGCCACCCCCUCCCAGCACCGCAGCCGGGAUGAGUGGCAUGUCGUGCAAAUGCGUUCCAAUGGGCACAUGUGCGGCGCCUACUGCAGCCGGAAUUGAUAUACGAAUCGUGAAUACGGGUUCAACUACCUGUACCAGCGGGCUCCAAUAUUGCUGCACAUCAAGUGGAGAUGCUCCGUCUCAAAUAACUGACGCUACCUGUGGUGUGAGGAAAAUUCCUCUGACAUCACAAGCCCCAGGAAUAGCGAGUUACGGUGCUUAUCCGUGGCAAGCUGCCUUAUUAAUGCCGGAUAAUAAUUACAUAGGGUCUGGCGUUCUCUUGGAUUCUAAUAACGUUUUGACUGCAGCCCACAAAGUGGCUACACUUUCAAACAAUGGUUUCAAAGUAAGACUUGGCGAAUGGGAUGCUCAAAGUUUGUCCGAGAAGUAUCCGUACCAAGAAUACAACGUGGCCAAAGUAUUCAUUCACCCCUCGUUUAACGCGCAAAAUCUGCAAAAUGAUAUUGCAGUUAUAAGACUAAGUAGCGCUGUUCCUGUCUCCUCGAGUCCUGGAAUAAGUACGAUAUGCCCCCCUUCAGGAAUGCCAGCGGCUCAGACAAGAUGCUGGGUUUCUGGAUGGGGAAAAAAUGCUUUCGGACCGAAUGGUGCUUAUCAAAGUAUCAUGAAAGAAGUUGACGUUCCCAUUCUAGACCAAGGGAAUUGCGAAAGUCGACUGAGAGGAACGAGACUUGGCCAAUUUUUCAAUCUAAGUAGAGACAGUUUUAUGUGUGCUGGCGGUGAAGCUAACAAGGACGCGUGCACGGGUGAUGGCGGAUCCCCGUUAGUAUGCCAAAUGCAGGGACAAUGGCAAGUUGUUGGCUUAGUUGCUUGGGGAAUCGGAUGUGCAAUGCCGGGUGUACCCGGAGUAUAUGUGAAUGUACCAAACUACCUCACUUGGAUAAUGAGGCAAAUAGGUACGGCUGCUUAAGUUAUCCAGUGUGUACCUAGGCAGCAGUGUUAUAUUUUCUAAAAAUGAUCAAUCAAGAAUUGAUUAGAGGCAAUGGAAAUGUUUCGCUAAUUGUGUCAAGGACGAUAUAAAUCGAUACAAAUUAAAUGACUGGUAAAAUGGAAUUCAGUUUAUGAACAAACAAUAUUUUAAUGGAUAAAACUUAUAUAUUUCUUUAUAUUUAUAUAACAUUAGUUUAUAAAUAAGUCUUCCUAAUUUUUAUUUACAUUUAUACCUAACACGCCAAAUAAAAAAAGUUAAGUCAUCCGUAGAUUUAGAAACUCACAGCUCGCAUAGUUUGAAAUUUUUUUUGGAUAAGAUUAAAUAUCUUAUCUUACAACAUUGAUUAUAUUGCAAGGAGCAUAUGUUGUAAUAACAUAUCUAAACUAUUACUAUUAUUAUUUGAAUAAUAUAAUUAAAAAAAACUUGUGUUCAUUGUAUCAUUUGAAAAAAUAUUGUUAUUAUCUUUUCUUAACCAAAACUUUUCAACUGGUGCUCUGCAACUAAUUUCCUAAGCCUGUAACGUUUUAUUCAAUUAUUAUAUAUAAUAAAAUGUAUAAAUAAAUGUAUAACACUAUAAACCGACUGGUGCACGUUUCAUAGAUCAGUGACAUAUUAUUACGAUAAAAAAUGUUAAAUUAAAAAAGGGUGCGCAUAAUACCUUUGUGCAUAUGCUCUUCAAUGAUUUUGAUCACAGAUAGUGAAACUAGUUUGCAAACAAAUAUAGAUUAUGUUAUGUAAAUGAUGAACCAGGAUUACGUAUUUAUACGAACUCAUCAAAGCUGUUUGUAAAAGAAAUGUCGGCAUGUUUAAACUCCCGAUACAUUAAACCAAAUCAAAUUUGAAUAGGUGAGCUUGUAUAUUUAGGACCAGUAACUAAUCGCAUUUGGAGAUAGCAGUCUCAAGGUAUUUCUCAAAUCACAAUAGUGUAAAAGCACCGAUCAAUGUAAAUACCUUUAUGGAGGGUCAAGGGUGCUGUUAUUAAUAAAAUGUGAUAAUUAAUGACCAGUAGCAUUUUUUUUAGAAGCUAUAUCAUGC